AUGGCAAACACGCAAUCCAAAGUUGAUACAUUAGAAGAACAGAAUUCCAAACUUAUAGCUGAGAUUGCCAAGCUUAGAAAGAAGAAUGCGAAGCUGAAACAGAUUAUUAAGGAGAAUGAAAAGCGCGAUGUUAGAGUCGAGGAAUUAGAGCAAAAGAAUAUAGAGCUUGAGACUAGGCUCGCUAUAUUAGAACAGGGAAAAGAAGAAAAAAGUAUUUCUACGGAAGAUGUUUUGUACUCUCCAGUAAAAUCUAACGAUACUCUCAAACAGAUAGUGCUACAAUAUGGUGAGUCAAAGACUUGUGGCUAUACUACUGAUACCCCGGUAUCUGAUAUAACUGAUGACACUUUAAAUUCUAAUGACACCUCUGAACAGGCAGUCUUGCAAAAUAAGGAUGCUCCGACAUCUGAUAUAUUCAAUAAUGUUUCAAAUUCUGACGAAUAUCAGUCUCAAGUCUCUAAUUCAUCUUUGACUAUACCACCUAUAUGUAAGUUAUUACAGAGUAAUGAAGUUUUCACUUCUCAAGUCCAAAACUUAUAUUCGGAUAGCUCACCAAAAUCUCAUGAUGAAUUACACGUCAAACAAAUUUCGGAAUCGCAAUCUAUUCCUAACACUUUUAAUUUAUCUGAAGAAUCCUCAGAACAAAAUACGGACUUACAGAAAACAAAAAUUCCUGAAAUAAACAUACAGCCUUUGAUAGAAGAAUUAAGAAUAGAACCUUUAACGGAAGAUACCGUUAAAGUUGUUAAUGUGGAAGAAAUUACGAGCUGGUACCAAUAUAGAAAACAUUUUGAAAAAAGACUUGAUGAUAUCUUAUCCGAAAACCAAAGAAAUGAUAAGAGAGCCUAUAAUUUAGUAAAUAAAAUUCGUUUAAGCUUAUAUAGAGCAUAUACAGAAGAGACUGGACUCAAUCACUGGAUAAAGUCUGAAACUCCCGAAUCCCCACAAAUCGAAAAGACCGAUAAUCACCUUUCACAGGACUGUAUUAUCAAAAUUUCCAAGUUUCCGGAAGAGAAAGGUAUAAUCCAUGAUGCAUUACAUAAACGUUUCCCUUUCUUGUCCUACACUAAAUCAAAUACAUGGUAUCGAGAUGUUUUUAAAUAUACCAAUUCAGAAGCUAAAUGUCCGAUAUGCGAUGAAGUACACACACGUUUAGGUAUAUGGGAUGACUGGAGCUGUCUAGGUACAAAUGAUCACUAUUUUCUUAAUUGCCCUUUUCGCAUCGAUCAGAAGAAAGUUAUAAUUGCUAUACAGUCACCGGAAACUCAAGUAAGAGUGCCAAACAAAAUCAGUAACUCACCAAUUCAUCCAAACAAAACCCGCCUUUAUCAAUAUGCCAUCGAACAUAAAAUGGAUCCCGAGAAAUUUUCAGUUAUUACUGAGGCUGAGAAAAAUAGAUGGGCCAUGGGAUGCUUCCGUGCUGACUUGAAAAGAGAUAUACGCCUUUAUCGUGGAGGAAUAAAAAGGAACGAAGAUACCAGAAAAUAUCAUAAAUUUUUAACAGAUCGGGAUAGGCUAGUCGGUGAAGAGUUAUUACGUCGCGGUAUACUAAAGAGCGGUUUAAGUACUACACGGCUUGAUGAGCUUAUGAAAGAAUGGGAAAAGAUCCAUACUCAAUUCAUACAAAUUUUUGGUUAG